GUUAUUACUUCCACAAAAUCAUGGACGAUAUAAGUUAAUUAUUAAUUUAACACGUUUAAGUGAGACUCUUUAAAACAAUUUAAAUUUUAGAAAUAUACACUAACAAUGGGAAAAGUCGGAAGUAAAAAUCUCUCUACAUCGUUACUCCACUGCACUUUGUGGAAGUCAGACCCAAGUCCGGCGUGCCGAGCCGUCAUGAUGGGUUUGGACGCUAUGAAUAUCAGCGUCAGCGAAGUCGAUAUCAACAUGGACCAAGCUGAACAUCGAACACCCGACCUUAUUGCGUUGAAUCCACAGCAAACUUUACCUAUUCUUAAGGACAGAGAGUUAAUAUUAUGCGAUAGUCACGCAAUAAACACGUACAUAGCUUCUCGUUAUUGUGAGGAUGAAAAAUUUCUACCUUCCGAUCCGGCUGGUCGCGCGAUAGUUGAUCAACUGUUGCACUAUGAUGGUGGGAUACUUUACCCACAUUAUCGCGCUUGUGCUUAUCCUAUAUUAUACGAAAGCUGCCGUUUCGUAAUGCCACAACAAAUAAAAGAUGUUGAAUAUGCAUACUAUGAACUUGAAACUAUGUUAAAAGGACGACCCUGGUUCAGCGGUUCCCACAUGACCCUUGGAGAUAUCGCUAUUAUGGCUACCGUCAGCACAUUAAACGUAUUGGUGCCGGUGGAUAAAGACAAGUAUCCUGUACUUUUAAGCUGGAUGUAUCGGAUGUCUAAGGAACCAUUUUAUACCACCGGAAAUCUCAAAGGUCUUAAUGAAUUCACUAAAAGAAUUGGUUAG